GCAGCGUUUUCGUUGUUUCCUUCCACUUUCUCUCUCCUCUGAAAUUCUCUUUCUUUAAAUUUUUCUCUUUCUCUCUCUACAUUUUGAGAAAACGCAGAUUCAGAUUCAGAUUCAGAUCUGUUCUCGUCGUCUGUUCUCGUCUCAACACCACACAGAGAUUGAGAACUCAAUUCGAUGGCGGUUGUCUCACCUCUCGCCAAAUACAAGCUGGUCUUCUUGGGCGAUCAAUCCGUAGGCAAAACCAGCAUAAUCACUCGCUUCAUGUACGACAAAUUCGAUACCACAUAUCAGGCUACCAUUGGAAUUGAUUUUCUUUCGAAGACAAUGUACCUAGAAGAUCGAACAGUUCGGUUGCAGCUUUGGGAUACUGCCGGGCAAGAGAGAUUUAGGAGUCUUAUUCCAAGCUACAUUAGAGAUUCUUCUGUUGCGGUGAUCGUCUAUGAUGUUUCAAAUCGACAAUCAUUUUUGAACACUUCCAAGUGGAUUGAGGAAGUACGUACAGAACGAGGCAGUGAUGUCAUCAUUGUUCUUGUUGGGAAUAAGACUGAUCUCGUCGAAAAAAGACAAGUUUCAAUUGAAGAAGGAGAUGGCAAGGCUCGUGAGUCCGGAGUCAUGUUCAUCGAAACCAGUGCAAAGGCAGGAUUCAAUAUCAAGCCUCUGUUCCGGAAGAUUGCUGCUGCCUUGCCGGGAAUGGAAACCCUUUCCUCCACGAAACAGGAAGACAUGGUUGAUGUGAAUUUGAAACCUGCCAUCCAUACAUCCCAAACAGAGCAGCAGGGAGGAGGUUGCGCGUGCUAGAGAAUGUAUUUUAGGAGGAAGAAAAAGAUAGGAAAGCAUUUGAAUCACCGGACACCAAAUGAAAAUCCUGCAAAUGUGAUGUUGCAAUUUGUUAAUUCCAGUGUCAGAUAAGAUCGCGGCAGUUUUGAUGCUUUUUCUUUAGUGUACCAACGCGCUACUCAAGUCACCAGAGAGGAGAUGGCGGCAAUGGUCUGCUUUAAGAUACUGAGAUUGGUAGUUCAUAGAAGUGUUCUGGUAUUGUUGUUACUAUUACUAUUUUUUUAAUUUUUUUUGGUUUUCUCACUUUAUAAUUUUCUUUUUUUUGAAAAUUACUUUUAUUUUCUUUAUGAGUUCUUUUUUAUAUGUUUGUAUUUGAUUUCUAAACUCUAUUCAGGAAGUUAUUUGCAAUAGAAGAUGACACUUAAUGUAGGAACAGAGAUGAUUUAUAGGCAGCGCGAGUUUGUUAUCCAUUGUCAGUUAAUUCAA